GCGUUUCUGUGUAAUUUUAGAUCUUGCUGAAGGAGAUGAGGGAAUCUCUCAACAUGUGUACCAAAAUGCUUGAUAAGCUCGACAAAAGCACGUCCAACAAACUAGGUCACGUUAAACAGAUGCUCGAAUCGUUGACCUCAGACCGUACGGACGACCGUGUGAUUAGAGAAGGUAUUGAACGCAUGCGCCAGCAUGUCAUAGACCGGAAGAGAAUUGUGCGAGUUGCAGACGAACUACCAUGGGCUAUACGUGUCGCUAUUUAUAGACUGGUGAAUAAAUUCGAUAAUCUUACUUGGCAAGAAUUUGCUGAGGUUGUCGGGGUUAACGAAUCUACAAUACAGUCACGUGGCAGGAAAAAAGAUGCAGACGACAUUGAGCAUUCGGAUAUCCUUGACAACGAUAUGUGCGCCAAAAUUCUUGCUCAGUGGAUAACACAGUCGGAGGAAAACGAUGCUGACAAAUUGAUGAACAUUAUACAAGAAUUUGAUGCUCAAACAUCGAAAGAAAUGACUGAAACGUUUCAAAAGAAAACAGUCGGCCAGCCACUUUUACCAACAUUUGUUGAACAAAAUCAACGGUCUUCCAUGGCAUACUCUGAAACUUCCGCCGGGAGCAAUCUCUUGGGGCAUGCGCAGAGUAGCGAGUCAACAACUUCCGGAUCACCGAUCACAGUUUGAACAUCAGCUGGAAGCAUGGAAGUUACAAGUGGAGAUGAACGAAAAACUUGACAAGAUGUGGAAGCUAAUGGUAGAAGACAGAAACUCGGGGAAGAGAAAAGAUCUGAAAACGAGACAGGAGGAUACAACCUAUACGAAAAUGAUUAAGGAAGGGCAAUUUGUAUAAUCAUUUACAAAUUUGUGUGUAUCAUAAUGUACAAGUUGAGUUUAUAUGGGGGUAAAUAAUGAGUAUAAGAAAUUUAAAACAUUUUAAAAUACAUUUUAUUUCGAAACGGCUGAGAGAGAAACUUUGCUGGAAUGAAAAGAAUAUUGUUUGGCAAAAAUACUUAAUGCUUUUUUGUGGUUUUAUUAUGUUGCUAUUGUUGCUGCUUGUUUUUGAUACGGCAGUGCCUAAUAUGAACAGUUCCUGCACCACUGUAACUGAAGUGCACUUGUAACACAAGACAGUGAUUACACCUUUUAAAGUUCCCGACUCUGUCUCUGUCCUAUUAUAUACUCGUAUUUUUGUCUGUAUCAAACAGCGUCUCAAAUCAUUAUUCAUGUCUUAUAUGUUUUUGUUUUUGUUUUGUUUUUUCCAUUUUAUUUUUGACAAUUUCUUUAUUUCUUUACCUUCUAACGUUAUAAAUCUAUCUUUACAUAAUCAUAAUACAUCAGUGAAAUCUUUCAUGUUAAAGCCAUUCUUUCCUACACACCUGUCCGUCCUUUGCAGACAUUUUCCCCAAAUUUAUGGUUUAACAUUUCAUUUAAAUACAUUCAUCUUGUGUAUGUUCUCAAUACAUCAAAUCCUCCCUUAGUUUACAUUCUGUAGAAGAUCUUCAAUUGUAAUCUUCAUUUAAGUAUGGUGUUUUGUUUGGUUUUUAGAUACAACGACAUUAACUUUAAUAAGCUGAGAUUAUAAGGUGGACGAAAAAGGUUUGCCAUUUCAAGUUCAUUUUUAUAGUCUCAAACAUUUGUCAUAAUGGUAUAUUCAUUGUACUGGUUCUCAUUACGGUUUCUAUAUAAUAUGCCUAUUUAAUAUAUUUUUCUACUUGUUAAAGUCAUGCCAACUUUUGUGUCAUUAUCAUGAUAUAAUAUUUUGUUAUUUUGUUUUUGUUUUGUUUUCUCUUAAUGAUACUUAAUCGGAGAUAAUUAUUUAAUAAAAUACAUGUAUUAUA